ACUCACUAAAAUUUGAAUUAUCUACGGCUACCAUCUCCCUACGGUUUCGGUUCCUGCGAAAUUCAGGACUGAGUAUACUGAUCAACCUUGUGGCAACUCUAAAUGGUUUUUCAUCAGAAGCAGUACCAACGAUACGUUCAAAAAGCAACUACUGCUUACCCUUCCAUGAUCUGAUCCAUUCAUUCUCCAGAAAUGUCGACUGGUCAAGUCCCUCAAUUGACGUCUUCUUUCUUAUCUUGUCAUGAAAAUGAAUAUCUUGCUUCAUGCACUCGCAAAACCCGAAGGCUCUGGGCAUUUGACCCUUCUGUAGACUCCGAACUGCCAACAGAAGGCGGUAAUAUAUAACUGUAGAGAUCUGCAAGUCGACUCGGCAUUCUCAGUAUGACCUCUGGUACCGACAUCAUUAUUCGCCUUCCGGACACUCUCACUUAUUGGCCGUGGACUCGUAGAAUCAACCCUCAUUAUGAGGAAGUCAAGGCUGCAUCACAGGCUUGGUUUCGUUCUUUCAGAGCAUUUGGACCGGAAGCUCAGCUGUAAUGCUCUCGAUUACGCUGCUUUAUACUUAACUCAUACUGAUCGGAUUUACUCAGUGCAUUUGAUCGUUGCGACUUCAGUUUAUUAUGUUCUCUGGCAUACCCAACGGCAUCCAGAGGUACU